UAUUUUGAAUAGAGCAUAAUUUUCGAAUGGACCAUCUGUUUUAGCACGUGAUCUUUUCCUUAAAAAGGAAAACUCCAAAUACACAGAAUCUGUGUUCCUGCACCUGUAUAGCUUACGAGUGUAUUACAGGCAGAACAAAGUCGAAGAGAGAAGAAAGGUCAUGGCAAUUAGAGCUUUGAGCUUUUCUGUUUCUCCUUCUGUUAACACCUUUUUAACGUCCCUUCACCUGGUUUCCAUGGUUACACGGGGACCGUACACAAGCCCCUCACAAAGGGCAAACAGCAAGCAAUAUCAUAUAGGAUACAGCACUCUGUAUUGAAUGCUGUAAAGAGCAGUGUUGGCCUGCGCACAUGGCACAACGUCAAGCAAAGCAAAAUCUAUUGUUCAUCUUGCUCUGAGCCAAAUCCCAGAAUCAGCAGUGCUAAGAGUGAACAGAAAAUGUCCAGCAAGCAAAAGCCAUAAGCUCUCUAUUGUGGAGCCUUUGUUGGGCAAACAUUGCGAUACAGCGAGGCACACGACAACCCAUAUAUAUUGGGGUGUCCAAAUUUUUCACUGUCACACUUUCUUUCGUGUGGGUCAGGUCGGACAAUCUCCAGUGGAAAAAUGUCACAGUAUUCUGGAAAGGUAAGCAUCCAGGCCAAUUAGGAGCACAUACAUCAUCACAUGUCAUCAGAAUGCAGUCUCACACAGCAUCCACAGGAGCACUGCUGGGAAUUUGGAGAUGGCUGAAUGGUUCCUGAAAUGAUUGACACUUUUCACGUCAUCAUUAUCACAAAAUUGAAGAUCUAAAAAUAGAAAACAAACUGAAAAACAGCCGAUUUUCCGUUGUGUUUUAUUAAGAAGACUAAAAGAAUUUGACGUAACUGAGGUUUUGAUUGCUGUGACAAGCCUUUUGGAACUUUUCAGGCAUGACUGCAAUAUAUUUGCACUCUGUAUAUUUGGGAUUCAGCUAAAAAAAACAAAAAAACCAGCAAAGUGUCACAGUAGUCCUAUAAGGUAUUGUCCAGCUAUUAUGUUGUUACAUGUUGCACAGUGAGAUUAAUCUCUUUUCUAUAAGAUCUGAUCGAAUAUACGAUACAUUUUCCUGUCCACUCCUUGACUGUUUAACCUUGCUAGUCUGCCAAAUGCCGUAAAUUAAUAUAAAAUGAUACUGAAACCUGUCCUACCUGCUGCUCCUUCCUCUCAGAUUAUAUUUUAUGAGGGAAGAUGCUUCACCGGCAGGAAGCUGGAGGUCUACGGAGACUGCGAUAACUUCCAGGACCGUGGCUUCAUGAACAGGGUGAACUCUAUCCGUGUGGAGAGCGGAGCUUGGAUCUGUUAUGACCACCCUGACUUUAAGGGCCAGCAGUACAUCCUGGAGCGUGGAGAGUACCCCGAGUUCCAGCGCUGGAACUCCCACAAUGACCACAUGGGCUCCUGCAAGCCUGUCAGGAUGCACGGAGAGCACUACAGGAUCGAGCUGUACGAUGGAGGCAACUACUCAGGUCACUGUAUGGAGCUGUGUGAUGACUGUCCCUUCCUGCAGAGCUGUGGCUAUGGCAGGCCCUGCGUCAACUCUGUCAGGGUAUUCGGAGAUGGAGCCUGGGUGAUGUACGAAGAGCCUAACUUCCGUGGCCGUAUGUACAUUGUGGAGAGAGGAUACUACUGCAGCCACAACGAGUGGCAGGCCCAGACCCCCAACAUCCAGUCCAUCCGCAGGAUUGUUAACUACUUCUAAACCUCCAUCUCUCUUUUCCUGUCCCCUUCUCAUUCAUACCUCCUUCUACCAGGCCACAGACUGUUACUAU